GUUGUGGUGGAUUGUGUAGUGAUUCCUUGAGGUUCGAGGGCUUGAGACAAUGUUGUCUUCCGCCGUCACGGGCGAAGCUGGUAGCUGAAUUUGUCAGCUUCAGUCCCUUAACCCUAACUAGUAGCCGCUUCGGCGGACAAACUUGCCUGCACCAGACCUAUUUUCUUUUCAUAAAAUCACAAUGUUUCUUCUUCGAUGCGUCUGUCGGAUCAAUCUUCAGAAUCGAUUCAUUUGCGCCACUACUUCACUUGUUGCCUGCGCCCGAUUUAGUUAGCUGGUCCUUCUCCUGCAAUUUAAUCGAUACCGAGCAACAUGGCUUCUAACCCAAUGAUCGAAGCCAACGAGGAGAAAGAGACGGCAUCGUCUAGCGGUAACAACGACAGUAAGAUCGACACCCUUGUUGCCCCCAAGCCUGAAGUCGUAAAGCCAGCAGGGCCUCCGCCUCCUCCUAAUGGCGGACUCACGGCAUGGCUUCAGGUGGCAGGAGGCUUCAUGAUCUUCUUCAAUACCUGGGGGUUGAUCAACACAUUUGCGGUCUUCCAAACCUACUACGAGUCGGGCGCACUUUUUACCCAGUCUUCCUCCAAUAUCUCCUGGAUCGGCUCCAUCCAGGGCUUCUUACUUCAGCUAACCGGCAUCGUUGCUGGACCUAUCUACGACCGAGGCUACCUCCGCCUACUCCUUCUUACUGGUAGCUUUAUGAUCGUUUUUGGUUACAUGAUGCUCUCUCUAUGCCACGAAUACUGGCAAGCGAUGCUGGCACAGGCUAUCUGCGUUGGUAUUGGUAGUGGUUUACUUUUCACGCCAACUGUUUCGCUACUUCCAACAUGGUUCGGCUCGCACAUCGGCCUGGCAGUUGGUAUCGCAUCUUCUGGUUCAUCGCUAGGUGGCGUCAUCUACCCUAUCGUACUCUAUCGACUCAUCGGGCCGAUCGGCUUCCCCUGGGCUGUACGAACCGUAGCCUUCAUCGCUCUCGGGACUUUCAUUAUCCCAGUGAUUGUGAUGAAGCAGCGCAUCAAACCACCGAAACCUCGCGCUUUGAUCGACUGGUCAGCAUUUACAGAUGCGCCAUACAUUACCUUUGCAUUGGCCCUCCUGAUUGUGUUUAUUGGCAAUUCAGUGCUUAUCUUCUAUAUCUCCUACUACCCGAUCAAUAAGGGUUUCACCAACAGUUCGCUGGGUUUUUACAUGGUUGCUAUUUUUAAUGCUGCGUCUAUCUUCGGGCGAAUUGCACCCAACGCGGUGUCUGACCGCAUUGGCGUGUUCAAUAUGUUUGUGCCGAUGGCGCUGAUCUUGAGUAUCACAGUCUUCUGUAUGCUUGGUGUGAACAACGCGGCGGGAAUGAUUGUUGAGGCAGUUGUCACAGGCUUUUUCAGCGGUGUCAUCGUUGCGCUGCCGCCUGUUUGCUUCGCCAUGCUUACGAAGAACAAGGCUUUGAUCGGCACACGUAUUGGACAGGGAUUUGCGAUUGGCGGUUUGGGCCUGUUGAUUGGUGGACCAACUGCUGGUGCUAUCCUUGGAACAACCGAACCCCUCAACUGGACUGGCCUUUGGGUUUAUGGAGGUGUUACAGUUGCUGUCGCUGGGUUUAUCCUCAUUGCCGUUCGUAUCAUGAAGGCUGGGCCCAAGUUGAUGGUUAAGGCUUGAUAGAUGCAAAGAACAAAGGUACAAUGCACUAAAAGCGGUUUUAUUAUAAUUAUUAUCUACAGGCUCAUAGGUCUACUUCUAUAGAAUUUUCUACUAAUAAUAUCCUUGAGUGUUACACAGAGUACUAAUUAUUUCCUAAUUCGGGCAAAUGCGGUCGAACUCCAACUAGUGGUCUGUUGAGCAGGUAAGUUGAAGGAUUCCCGCUGUAUCGUAAUGUAUAACUCAAUGGUUGGCAGUGUGCUUUCUAUAAUAAUAUCUCUACCGUUUUUCAAAAUAAACCUGCCACAUUAAUCUUUUACUCCUGGCCCUGUCUUAUAAUGAGGACAUACGAUAGGCGGCCGCAUGUGCUUCCCGUGAUAGCC